CUGUGAAGAGCGGCCAGUAUGGCCCCUCCACCGCCCAGGCGGGCCCCUUACACGGACUCCGAUACUCCCCCCCUUGUCAUCCCUCCCGAUCGACCUGCUGUAUCUCUUUUGUCCCCUUUCCCCUGCCCCCUCCCCCUUUUUUCCCAUAACCACCCGCCGUCUCCCACACGAGUCCGUUUGGUUGCCCUCCCCCUCUCCUCCCCAUGUCCAACGCCAUCUCCGCCCUCAACCCCAAGGCCGAGUUCGCUCGCCGUGGCCAGGCCCUUCAGCUGAACAUCAAUGCCGCCUCCGGUCUGCAGGAUGUCCUCCGCUCGAACCUCGGCCCGCGCGGUACCAUCAAGAUGCUUGUCUCCGGCUCCGGUGACAUCAAGCUGACCAAGGAUGGCAAGGUCCUCCUCGGGGAGAUGCAAAUCCAGAACCCCACCGCCGCCAUGAUCGCCCGCGCGGCCACCGCCCAGGAUGACAUCACCGGUGACGGCACCACCUCCAACGUCCUGCUGAUUGGUGAGCUCCUCAAGCAGGCCAACCACUUCCUGUCCGAGGGCCUGCACCCGCGCCUGUGCACCGAUGGCUUUGAGACUGCCAAGACUGAGGCCAUCAAGUUCCUCAACGAGUACCGCAUUGAGAAGGAGGUCACUCGCGAUCUGCUGAUCGAGGUGGCCCGGACUUCCCUCCGGACUAAGCUCCACCACGAGCUUGCCGACCUCAUCACCGAGCACAUUGUCGACUCGGUGCUGACCAUCCAGCGCGAGGGCGAGCGCGUGGACCUCUUCAUGGUGGAGAUCAUGAAGAUGAUGCACCGGACCGACAUGGAGUCGCGCCUGGUCAAGGGCCUGGUGCUGGACCAUGGUGCCCGCCACCCGGACAUGCCCAAGCGCCUGCAGAACUGCUACAUCCUCACCUGCAAUGUCUCCCUCGAGUAUGAGAAGACCGAGAUCAACUCCGGGUUCUUCUACUCCUCGGCCGAGGAGCGCGACCGCAUGGUUGCCGCCGAGCGCCGCCAUACCGACGAUCGCGUGCAGAAGGUCAUCGAGCUCAAGCGCAAGGUCUGCCCCCCGGGCAGCGGUAAGAGCUUCGUCCUCAUCAACCAGAAGGGCAUUGACCCGCUGUCUCUGGACAUGCUGGCCCGUGAGGGGAUCUUCGCUGUGCGCCGCGCCAAGCGCCGUAACAUGGAGCGCAUGACUCGCGCCUGCGGUGGUGUGGCCGUCAACUCCUUCGACGAGAUGGACGAGAGCAUCCUCGGCCAUGCGGGCCUGGUGUACGAGCACACCCUCGGCGAGGAGAAGUACACCUUCGUCGAGGAGGUGGAGAACCCCUUCUCUUGCACCCUGCUCAUCAAGGGCCCCAACAAGCACACCCUGGACCAGAUCGUCGAGGCCAUUCGCGAUGGCCUGCGCGCCGUCAAGAACACCAUCGAGGACAAGUCCGUCGUCCCGGGCGCCGGCGCCUUCGAGGUGGCUGCCUACCUGCACCUGAUGAAGUUCAAGAACACCAUCAAGGACAAGUCCAGCAUGGGUGUCGUGGCCUUUGCCCAGGCCCUGCUCGUGGUCCCCAAGGUCCUGGCCCAGAACGGCGGCCACGACCCGCUUGACGCCCUGGUCAAGGUCCAGGCCGAGGCCGCCGAGGGCCACCACGCCGGCAUCGACGUCAACACCGGUGAGCCCCUGGACCCGACCGUCGAGGGGAUUUGGGACAACUACCGCGUCAAGCGCCAGCUCCUGCACUCGUGCUCCACCAUCGCCGGCAACCUGCUGCUGGUGGACGAGAUGAUCCGCGCCGGCCGCGCCACCACCAAGAACGGCCCCGACGGCCAGGAGAUGGCCAUGUAAACACGCACUCGCACGACUUUGUUGUCCAUACAUGCGUGUGUGUGUGCCUGUGCGCGUCGAGCAGUUUGGUGAGCGUGUGUGUGUGCGCGUGUGUCGGCGGAGUGACAGAGAGAGAAAGAGGCGGGGCGCUAAGAUCUCCCUCGCAUGUGUAUGCCCUCUCCCGAUCUCCUCGCCGCUCUGUCCAUUUGCCACUGCACGCUCCCUCUCUCUCUCUCUCUUUCUUUCUCCCUCCCCUCGCACAUGACACAUCCCCACCCCGACCUUGUAUAUACAGAGUGACCCCGCGCCCACGCGCGGGGUGAGGCGCGCCCUGGCGGCGCAGAGGGAGAGAGACACAGGCGAGCCUCUUGUGUGUAUGUGUACGCGCGCGUGCAUAUGCUGGAUGAGAGGACCCGCCUCCCUCCCUCCCUCCCCCCCCCCUCCUCGGCAGCUCUCCUCCCCGGCGCGCGUGUCCGCCCCUCCUCCUCCCCAUCUAGGCGCAUACCACGUCCAGUUUCAAUGACGCGCUGCUCCCCUCCCGAGAAAAUACAAAAAACACUAGUGAGAGA